UGUUUUCUUUUAGUGAAUAGUGGAUUUCAUUUCGAAUUAUUUCAUAAGUCUCCGUUACAAUUGAGUUUUAUUAAAAUUCAUAAACAAUAUUGAAAAUGCCCGAACCACCGCGAUUACUCGUCCUCUACGCCACCCAAACUUUCACAGCCCAAGAAAUCGCCGAAAGAUUAUGGCGAACAACCAAAGCAUUAGGAUUUCGGGGCCCAGUUCAGGCGAUGGACGAUUACCCCAUUCAAAAGCUUAUUCAAGAAGAAUUUGCGCUAUUUGUGUGCGCUACAACGGGUAAUGGAGACGAGCCGGAUGACAUGAAGAAGUUUUGGAAGUUUUUAUUACGAAAAAACCUGCCUUCAAACUCUUUGGUUAAGCUCAAAUUUGGGGUUCUGGGAUUGGGUGAUUCGACGUAUUCCAAAUUCAAUUUCGCUGGCAAGAAGCUGCAUAAGCGGUUAGUGCAGUUAGGGGCCACGCCUUUAGUAGAUAUUGGUCUCUGUGACUACCAACAUGACUUAGGCCAUGAAGGUGUGAUGAUUCCAUGGUUUAAAAAAUACUGUCAUGAACUCCAAAACUAUUUUCCUCAUCUACAAAUAGAUAGUUACGAACCAAAAUUCAUUCCUCGCUGGAAAGUAUCUCUUGUAAAAGAUUCUGCUGUUCUCCCAAAAAAAAAAUUAGUAACAGAGGAUAUUUAUUUUGCUAAAGGUAUAAAGGAUCAUUUUGUUGAUGCUAAGCUUUUGGAGUUAGAAAAAAAUAUUAGAACCACAGAUGAAUCCCAUUUUCAGGAUGUAAGAUUACUAAUAUUUACCACAGAAAACACCACAACUUUAGAUUAUGAACCGGGUGAUGUGUUCAACAUUAGGCCCCGUAACGCUAAAGAAGAUAUAGAUGACCUGUUUGAGAUCUUUAAAACACACAAUUUGGACAUAAAACCUUACUACAGGUUACUGGUAGAGGAAUGCCAUGAAGACAUGCCAGUACCAGAUUUCCUAAAGGAGCCCCUAACAUUAUACGAAAUAGCAGAACAGUAUUGGGAUCUAAAGUUCUACCCUACUCAAUAUGUCUUCUCUCUUCUGGCGCUAGUGUCGGAGGAUAAGUUAGAGCGAGACAAAUGUAUAGAGCUCAGUUCGGCGCAGGGGCAGGAGGAUUGGUUGAAUUAUUGUAGGAGGCCAAAGAGGACUGUUCUUGAGGUUCUUCACGAUUUCCACAAAUCCGCGUCAAAGUUGACAAUAGAGAUAUUGUUCGAAUUAUUCUCACCUAUCAAACCUCGCUCUUUCUCCAUAGCUAGCAGCUCUCUGCCCUCUGAGGGCCGAAAGCUGGAUUUACUAGUAGCAGUAGUGAAGUACUAUAGCAAACUGAAGAAGCCCCGUUUGGGUCUAGCCUCCAACUGGUUGAAGGGCCUAAGACCGGGAGACAAGGUGUACGGGUGGAUCAAGAGAGGGACCAUGGUCUUCCCUAAUGAUACGUCCACCCCGCUAAUCCUAAUCGGGCCUGGCACCGGCCUCGCCCCGUUCCGCGCACUCAUACAACACCGCCUCCUCACGGCUGAUAAACACACAACCCACCUGUUCUUCGGGUGUCGGUAUAGGGGGAAGGACUUCCAUUGUAGGGAGGAGUUAGAGCGGUGGGCGGGGGAGGGGAGAAUCAGUCUGUAUUGUGCGUUUUCGAGGGAUCAGGAACGGAAAAUAUACGUACAGCACAAAAUCGCAGAGCACAGCUCGACGCUCCGUCAUCUAAUAAUGGACCAAAACGCAUACAUCUACAUCUCGGGUAACGCUAAAAACAUGCCUGACAAUGUGAGGGAGGCUUUAGGGGAAAUAGUGGGGAAAGGGGGGGUGAAGGCUUUGGAGGAGGGGGGGAGGUUGCAGGUUGAGACGUGGUGAAAACGAUUUGACAAUAACUUUCAAACUAGUGGCUCCGCCAUUUUGAAAAAAAAAAUCCAAUAUCUGAAAUUCAUAACAUUAAUGAAUCGGCUCAUAAAAUUUCACGGGAAUCGGCUGAGAAUUGAAUUGUGCCCUGUAGCCUUGCCACGAGUUUGACACUGAUAUAUUCGCUAGCGUGUGCGUAACUUUCUGUGCAUCUCGCUCGCACUGGCAUAUUAGAGCGAACGAGAUGGUAUAGAAAGUAAGUUACGCAAACGUUAGCGAUUAUGUCAAGGUAAAACUCGUGGUAAUGCUACUGUAGAGAAGAGCCGUUCGUAUGUCCAUACGAAAGCAUUUUUUCUCAAACUGAAACGGAGACCUUCACUCGCGCUUCGGUCAAAAAGCGACUUCACUAUAAUAUGACAUAAUUUAAUUGUAUUCAUGAAUAUAAUAGAAAACAAAAAUGUCUUAAGCCCCCUCCAGACUAUGCGCGUGAAUCGCG